AUGUCAAUGGAAGACAUGAAACUUUGCAUUGACUGGCUGUUCCGGACCGACAUCAUAUCCGGGGACCAUAGAUUAGUUUCCAUAGAAGCAGCCGAACUUUUAGAUUUCGCGGAUUUGCUCAGAGAUGGUGUUCUUCUCUGUGAACUGGCAAACAAACUCAUGCCAAAAGCCAUUGAUCCAAAGGAUUAUUGUCACAAGCCACAAAUGUCCAAAUGUGCGUGUGUAAAGAACAUUAGAGCAUUCUUGCAUGCUUGCAGAAAUUCAUUUGCAAUAAGAGAGGCUGACCUUUUUGAUCCUAACGAUCUGUACGAUAUGAACCACAUACCCAAAGUUAUCCACACAUUAUCAUUGUUAUCCCAAUCUACCUGCUGCUAUGUCCUUGGCAUACAACCCUUUUAUGCCAGUUCCAAAAAGAGAGCCAUGUUAUCAGAUGUAACAUUGAAUAAUUUCAGACAUCAUCAUCCGAACAGCAACAUCAACAGCAACAUCAACAACAACGAUUUACAUUUCUCGUGUAAUAAGGAACGAAUUGAAGGGGACGUGUAUGGCAGACUGGUCGACUUCCAACCUGCUGCCAUUGACCCUUUGCCAUGUUCGAAACGGGAGCUUUGUAUAAGAGAGCUAGCAGUAACUGAAAGAAAUUUCAUAGAUGCGUUACAUAUGAUAAGAGAGUAUUUCAUGAAACCAUUAAAAGACAUAUUACAACCGCAUCAUUACAGAACCAUAUUUCUCUGUAUCGAACGCCUGCAUGCAAUCCACAGCGGUUUCCAAGCAGAUCUUUCCGUAGCUUGUGCUAACAGCUGUUCGACUGGCGGCUUUUUUCCGGCAGCUGCAGCCGCUGGUAGCUUAUUUACGACAGCUUCUUCAGCAUCUUCAGCAACAGCUUCUUCGACGUCCUCGCCAGUUACUGUUGCCGGUUCAGCAGUUGUAAAUAAUCAUUUGACAAUUCCUGAUUGCUUCAUUACGUGGAAAGAAAGUGAUCCAGAGGUGCAGAAGAAAGUUGAGGAGAGCCAGUUAGCAGCCAAUGAAGGUCGAUUUAAACUGAGGGAUUUGCUGUCACUACCAAUGCAGAGGAUUCUCAAGUACCAUCUGUUCCUCAAGGAGUUAAUAAAGAACACAGAACGAACGCACGUUGAGAGGAAGAGCCUAGAAAGAGCCCUGGAGGAAAUACAAGAUUUAUCAUUAUAUGUUAAUGAGGUGAAGAGAGAUAAUGAAGCCCUCCUCCUACUAGAGGAAAUUGAACAGAGGUAUGCAUUUUUGUUUGAUAAAGUACUUCUACUCUGCAAGCCUAAGGGCGAGAAUUAUUACAGCUUCAAAGACGCGUUUGCUGUUUCUUCUUUCAAGGUAGAAGAUGUGGCUUACAAAGAAAAAGAACGAAAUUUUGGUUUCACUUUCAUUCUUGGUGAGGCCAGCAGAGAAAAUGCAUACACUGUUGGCUGCAAGACUAUGGAACUUAGAAAUAAUUGGAUCAAAUCAAUUAGACUUGCUCAGUUCAGUGAGAAUUUCUCGCCACCAUUCGCCCACAGCCCUCUGCAUGAUUUUGAGAUGGCCACAUUCCAUGAAGCAACCAUUUGUGACGUCUGCCGGAAACUACUGAGGGGUGUCUUCUAUCAAGGCUACAGAUGUGCUAAGACAGGAAUGAUAGUUCAUAAAGAAUGCAUCGAAAAGGCCAAAGAUAUGAGUGGCCCUCCAAUUUUGCCACCGAAACCAGUAACUUUGAGAACGAAUUCCUCCACGAAUGCCAGCCAGAUUGAAAAACUCACGAAAGGUAAAGUGAAAGUGUUAUGCUCGUACUUCGGAAUUCCCAUGCCACCGAACGAGAAAAACCCGCUAAAAAUAGAAGCAGACAGCAUCAUCGAUCUAAUCAAUGACGAUGACGUCAAAUGGUGGAUGAAAAAGCUGACAUUUAUGACUCCGCCCCCAAUACCGCCAUCAUCAUCGGCUUCAUCUUCGUCGUCGUCAUCAUCACCAUCUACCGCAUCACCGAAUCCUAAGAGUAUUAAAUUUGCGCCUGGGUUCGCUAAUAAAAUGAACAAUGAUAAUAGUAACAGCAAUAAUAAUAAUAAUAAUAGUAAUAAUAAUAAUAAUAUUAGUAAUAAUAAUAAUAUUAGUAAUAAUAAAAGUGUCAACAAUGAUGAUGUGUGGUUGAUAAAUUUCGAGAACGAAAGUAGCAACUUCAGAGCCAGGCACAGCACCAUGUCAGCUCCAUACAGCAGACAGAAGGUAUAUAAUAAUAAUAAUAAUAAUAAUAAUAAUAAUAGUAGUAAUAAUAGUAAUAAUAGUAACGAUAAUAAUAGUAUAAAUGAUAAAGAUGGUUCGGUGGUAGCUAAAUCUCUGCCUCGAGGCAAAGACGUUAAAAGCUUUGCUGGCCACGGUACCUCCAGAUGUAACAGCGUUCCAUGCUCAAUAAUAACAGUAACAAUCAUAAGAAUAACAACGAUAAUAAUAAUAAUAUGUUUAAUAUGGAAUAUCAUAAUUUGCAUAAAAUGA